AUGGGCCCCUGUACCGCCUCCUCAUGCUGCUGCCAGGCCCCUAAUCUGCCAUGGGCCCCUAUACCGCCUCCUCAUGCUGCUGCCAAGUCCAGAGUCUCUCAUGGGUCCCUGUACGGCGUCCCAUUGCUGCUGUCUCCAUCGCCACACUCUGCCAUGUGCCACUUUCAGGUCUCCUCACACUGCUGGUGUGUUCCAUUUUUUGGCAUAGGGUGCUGGCAGAUUACGGGCCUCCAUAGCUGCUGCCAGGCCCCUAAUCUGCCAUGGGCCCCUGUACUGCCUCCUCAUGCUGCUGCCAGGUCCACAGUGUCUCAUGCCAUGUGCCACUUUCAGGUCUCCUCACACUGCUGGUGUGUUCAAUUUCUUGACAUAGGGUGCUGGCAGAUUACGGACCUCCCAUAGCUGCUGCCAGGCCCCUAAUCUGCCAUUGGCCCCUAUACCGCCUCCUCAUGCUGCUGCCAAGUCCA